AAUCUGCACACGCUUCUUCCAAACUCAUACAUGACUUCGGAAGAGAGCCCCUUGCUUGCGUCACCAACUGCUGAGAUUCAGCAUGAAGCACUUUAUUCGCGUUACAGUCGACCUCGAAAGAGAGCGAUAGUCGCUAUUGUGUCGCUUUCAGGCCUUAUUCCUCUCUUCGUCUCUGGUUCAUUUAUUCCUUCGAUUCCUCAGAUAGCUCGCGAUCUCGAGACGACCGGUGCAGUCAUCAGCCUUGCUGUAAGCGUCUCACUACUGACAAAUUCCAUUGGAACCCUUCUAUGGGCUCGUUAUGCUGGCUACUAUGGUCGUAGACCAGUUUAUCUUUGUUCACUGUCUUCCAUGUGCUUUGGCUCUCUCGGGGUCGCAGCUGCAUGGAAUAUUCCCUCUUUGCUCGCGUUCCGCGUUGUGCAAGCAUUCGGUACCUCGAGUGGACUGUCAGUUGGUAUGGCAGUCAUCGCUGACAUUUACAAGUUGGAAGAACGUGGGACCGCUUCCGGCAUCUUUUGGGGCGCCGUUCUGCUCGGUCCCGCCUUGGCUCCGGUUGCUGGAGGUGUAGCAGCGCAUUACUACUCAUGGAGGCUAAUGCAAGCCAUUCUGUGUGGUUUUGGCUUCGUGAUGCUGCUCGUGACCUUCUUUUGGCUUCCUGAAACGAGUCACCCCGGGACGAGAGGGGUUGACAAGUUGAUCCAGGUUGAAGGAAAACCAAAAUGGGUGUGGCUGAAUCCAUUCACGAGCCUUGCAAUCCUCCAAAGUCCGAAUAUUACACUCCUGGCUCUAGCCACUGCUUUUGUGUUGAUAACUGAUUAUGUGCUCCUCAUGCCUAUGGCAUACACAAUUGGGGCAAGGUAUAACAUCACAAACGAAGCUCUUAUAGGUGCUUGUUUCAUACCUGAUGGCCUAGGAAGCAUGGUGGGCGCACCAAUUGCUGGCUGGAUCUCUGAUUACCAAGUGGUCAAAGGGCGUAAACGUCGUGGAGGCGAGUGGGUACCUGAAGAUCGCCUUCGUGGUCUCUGGUUUGCCGCCGCAAUAUUGGCACCAAUAUCUGUGCUCUCCUUUAGCCUUGUAAUUCGUUAUAUCGACAACGUCCCGCUUGGAGUGGUACUGGCUCUCAUAUGCCUCUUCUUCAAUGGAAUGGGGGUCGACAUGGUCUUUGGGCCGAUAUCUACGUACUACGUCGAUAUCUUACAUUCUCGUAGCGCCGAUGUCAUGGCAGCGACUAUGGCCUUCCGCGGGACAAUUCUGGGCCUCAGCUCAGGCACCUUUCUUCCUCUUGUGGACAACAUUGGCGUCGUUCCGACUAAUGCGAUAGCAGCCGUUCUGGCGUGGACUGGAUACCUCAUGAUCUGGAGCGUCAUCAGAUACGGAGGUCGAAUGCGUGCAUAUGUCGAUAUUGGAUUUUCGACUGUUCGCGAUAAUUGAGUGGUACCAUCUUGGUGGAUGACGCGGUAAAAAUGCUGGCUAUUUCAAAAGAGACUUAGAUUCGAUACCCAUAUUUCAUACACAUUUCAUAGAUCACACAUGUCACGAUUCUUCAAUCUGUCAGCCUCAGUUUGUAGGUGAUGUGGACACUACCAAGUGACAUACUUUAAAUGACAGCU